AGCCGCCGAACACAGAAGCGAAUCGUAGUCAUGGAGAGAUACGCAGGCCGUGUAGCACUGGUUACUGGCGCCAGUGCCGGAAUAGGAGCGGCCAUUACACAGGCGUUGCUCAAGAAGGGGCUCACCGUCGUGGGGCUCGCGAGGAGAGUGGACAGAGUUAAGGCCCUGGAGCUGAAGGAUGCUCCGGGCAAGCUGCACGCCCUGCAGGGCGACGUGGCCGACGAGCAGAGCAUCCUGGCAGCCUUCAAGUGGAUCAGGGACAACCUCUCAGGCGUCGACGUCCUCAUCAACAACGCCGGGAUACUCGUAGAAAGCGAGCUGACGUCCGCCCCCACGGAGGCCUGGAGGCGGCAGCUGGACGUCAACGUGCUGGGUCUGAGCAUCUGCACCAGGGAGGCCGUGCAGGACAUGCUGAGGAGGGGCGUCGACGACGGCUUCAUCAUCCACAUCAGCAGCAUUGGGGGCCACCUUCCGCCGAUUGCCAGUGAUGGAGCUAUGUAUAGUGCCAGCAAGCACGCGGUGGGGGUACUCCUUGAAGGACUGAGGAAGGACCUGGUCGCCAGAAAGAGCAAAAUUCGCGUCGGGUCUGUUUCUCCUGGGCUUGUGAGGACUGAAAUCCUUGACGGAAAAGAAAAGUGGUCUUCAGAAAUAUUCGACAAAUUUAACUGUCUGGAAUCGGAAGACAUCGCAGAAGCUGUUGUUUACAUGCUGUCACAACAUCCGCGUGUGCAGGUGCACGACAUCAUUAUUCGUCCCACUUGCGACGCCUUCUGAACAAUAAAUUACCAUGAACAAUUGUAUUAUCAUUUCAUGAACUACAAACGGUACCAACCUGUUUGUAUUUUGUAAAACUUGUGUAAUACAGAUGUUACUAAGAA